AUGCGUGAGACAAUGACAUUGCUCGAACAAUCAAAUCGUCAACGUUUAUUAUAUGAUCGAACAAUACGACAUCCUCCUGUUUAUAUAUUUUCAAAUGAUACUGAUACAAACGAUGUAAAACCAAAAUUUCGUUCCUUAUAUGAUGAUUCUAUUCAAGAUAUGGUAGCAACAGGAAAAUCAAUGUUACCAAAUGUUGGACGUAAUCAAUUCGUUGAAAUUUCUAUAUCUCCCAGUGACAAAAAUCCAACUUCUGAUGAAAAUCAUACUCGACCUAAAAGAAAACGUCCAUCAUAUCGUAAAUCAAAAUAUCAUGCAUACUCACCAAAUCCAUCUCAAGCUGAAUUAGCUCUAUUGACUGCUCGUGGUACACGACCAGAAUAUCGAACACCAGUACCAAUGCCAAUAGUUAGACAACAUGAAGAUGUAAAACAUUCUCAACGUCCUCAUGUACCACCACCGAGUCCAUCUUAUGAACAAAUGGAACGAGUAUUUAUUGAUCCGAAAGAUAAAAAUCAAUCUCAAACACCUAUUCAUAAAUCAAAUAUAAAAAAAAAUCAACCUGUAACAUUUCGUUUGCCAGCACUCAGCCUAUCACCUCUAUCACGUCGUACACCAACAAAUAUCUCAACUAAAGAAGUUCGAUUAAAUUUAUCGAAUUAUCUUCAAAAUUGUUACUAA